AUGACUGAAGAUAUUCUCACUAAAAACCUGGAAAAAUUCUCUAGAGUACUAGGUGAAGAUAUGGCCGCAAACACGAAAGAGUUAAAACAAGAAUUUAAAAUGAUACGAGUUAAAUUAGCUACUAUGGAGGACAACUUUAUCAAAUUAGACAAUAAAUAUAAGCUUUGCCAAGAAGAGAUAACCGAAAUGAAAAAUAAAAUAGGAGCACUGGAAGCUAAAGUCUGCGACAUUGAAGACAGAUCUAGAAGAGCAAACAUCAGAAUCCGACAUAUUCCAGAAGAAAUCUCCAAUGAAAAUCUGGAGAGUUUCCUUCUGGAGUUCUUAAAAAAUUAA